UUCAAACUGAACAUGGCUGCUGGUAAGGACAUCGAUGAAAACACACAAAAUAGGAGAAGUAACGUUACAGUUCGCAACAUGGUCAUCAAUCACGAGGAGCAGUCACCAGCAGACUCUCACGCUGGCCACCCGCCCAUCAUCUUCAACCCAGACUUUUUUGUAGAGAAGCUCCGCCAUGAAAGGCCAGAGGUUUUCCUGGAGCUGGUGCUUAGUAAUGUCACACGCCUCAUCGACCUGCCGGGGACAGAGUUCGCCCAGCUCCUGGGAGAGGAGGGACCUAAGACCCCGACAAAUGGAAACGGUGGAGGCUUCUUUCGCUCUUUCAACUUCCUUAAACGCAAAGAUAAGGGCAUUGUGUUUGGGACUCCUUUGUCAGAGGGCAGCAUUGCACAGAUCUACCAGCUCAUCGAGUACCUCAGCAAGAAUCUGCAUGUGGAGGGUCUGUUCCGGGUGCCAGGGAACAGCGUCCGGCAGCAGGCCCUGAGGGAGCUGCUCAACAGUGGGGCCGAUGUUGACCUGCAGUCCGGUGACUUCCACCCCAAUGAUGUGGCCACGCUGUUGAAAACCUUCCUCGGAGAACUGCCUGAGCCCCUGCUCACACACAGACACUUCCACGCACACCUCAAGAUAGCAGACAUGACUCUGUUCGACGAGCAGGGUAACAAGACGGUUGUGCCCGACAAGGAGCGUCAGAUUGAGGCCCUGCAGCUCCUCUUCUUGCUGUUGCCCCAGGCCAACCGCUCGCUUCUCAAGCUGCUGCUGGACCUGCUCUACCACACCGCCAAGCAGCAGGACAAAAACAAGAUGUCCGCCUUCAACCUGGCCCUCAUGUUUGCCCCGCACGUCCUCUGGCCCAGACAUAUGACAGCUGGUGAUCUGAAGGACAAUCUGAAGAAACUGAACAACGGCAUGGCCUUCCUCAUCAAACAUUCCCAGAAACUCUUCAGGGCUCCAGUCUACCUGAGGGAACAUGCUAAAAUGCACUUCACUGGGACCAAGAGUCUCCAGGCCAAGGAUGAUCUGGAGCUUCUGGCUAUGAGCAGCUCUCCUGUUCGGCGGGCAGGCGUGCCGCUGAAGAGGCCGGCUGUUCUGGGCCUCGGCUCCGAUCAGCAGUACCAGUCACCGGCCCAGCAUCACACUGAGGAGGCUCUGAAGGAGCUCUUCAGACAUGUGCACCAUAACAUGCCGGACUCCGCCAAGAAGAAGAAACUCAUCCGACAGUUAGCCAAGCAGACCACCUCAGAGACCCCCAGCAACAAGCAUCACGAGACGCCCCCAGGCCCCGUCAAGAAACACCCCCGUUCACGCUCCUUCGGUGGGCUCAUCAAGCGUAAAGCACGGGGCGAGCAGUUGACCACGGACAGGAGGGUCAGGCAUGUUUCCCCGGAUAUUGUCACCAAGGCAACAGGAAAACCCGGCAAAGAGAACAUUAUGCUGCAGGCGGUUGGCAGUCCUUUGAAGACUCCUGUGCUGGGGAAGGCGGGGCUGGUGGUGAAGACCUCAGACUUGGCUUUCAGUAAGCAGAAAGAUCUGAAGGUCUCCAAGGACUCUCCCUCUCUCUCCAGGAUGUGUUUCUCUCCCGCUGCAGAGAUCUCAGUGUAGGCUCCUCCUCAUGCCUUUCUGGGACGGGACUUGGACAGUAUUACUCCACUGUUUAAUCAUUGUGUUAGUGUGUUUUUUUCCCCCUAAUAACUAUUUUACAGUGACUAAUACAGCAGCAUUAGCUUUUGUUGGACCAGCCAAGCCAAGGCCAGGAUUCCUGUUUUCUUUCAGCCCCUGGUUGUUUUUCAUGCUGUGUCACUGUUUACAAAACUGAAAAUCAACUUCAUGAAUCCCAGUGAAGCUAAUGUACUUCAGGGGGUGAAGAGUUGAAUUUUGGCUUCAGUUUGUGGCUCACUUAGGCCUGUAUGGACAAAAUUAAGCCUUCAGUAAACAUGAGAAGGUGUUUUGAUAAUGCUGUUACAUUUACUAGAAUAUUCACACAUUGAGCUGUCAGUUUGAUGUUAUUUUCAGGUAAUAUUCCCUAAUAUGCCCACAUCUCAUUUUAUUAGGGAUUUUCAAUGUAUUUACAAUCUAUCAUUAAUCUAGACAGCAUCAUUGUGUACCAUGUUAAUUAUUUCAUUACUGCUUGAAAGAUGAUAGAUGUUGAUGCAUUAUUUCCCAGCACCCAGGUUCUGGGCAAAAUAGAUGAACAAAGUCUUGAACUGCUGCAGGCAGAAGUGCAAAUUUGAUCUUAUGAUCACAUCGUGAAGAUUAACUUUCUAUUUUUAAUAUUGUUACUUUUAAAUUUUAUAAAGUCGAGGCAUUAUGAUUAAGCUGUUUUCUGCAUUACUUUUGAACUGGUUGUCAGUCUGACUGAGCCUGGCUGAUCUUAGGCCAGGCGGACGUUUUAAAAACUUUUGUUUUUAAUCUUGAUGAAUGCAUUGUAUCAUGAUUGGACGUGGGAACGAGUUUUAAUGAUACAUGCAGCCAGGAUCUCUGUUUUGUCUUUUCUUGGCUUGGCUGGGGCCUGCUUAUACCAGUUAUUCCUUGAAACAUGUUUAUUAUUAUUAUUAUUAUUAUUUUUUAGCACCUGUUCAGAACCUAUAACCACUAGCUCACUGAGCCUACGGUAUGUUGUAGUGUAGAAUAUGUGUAUAUGUUGUACAGCAUGUGUAUGUUUUUUAACUACUAGUAUAUUUUUUUUAUUCUAAUGAAACAUUUUAGGACUAUAUGGGAUCAGUCAGUUGUGGUUUCAGCUCUUUUUUUUUUUUUUUUUUUUUUUUUUUUUUUUUCAGCAGUACUACGCCCCAGGA